AUGGAGUCAUAAGACGUAACACAAGAGGAGCAAUAAGUAGAUUAAGUUUAAACUAUAAUUGAGCAAGUUGAUUUGAAUUAGUAAGAGGAAGAAUAAAAAGUCUCUGAACUUCAAUAAUACAAUAACACUAAACCAUAAUCAUAUUUACUUAUGUUCAACGUUUAAAAAUAAAAGAAUUUUGGGACAUUAAUCAGAUCUGCUGCUGCUUUCAAUGUCAACUAAGUGUUUGUUAUUGAUUCUUAACCAACUAAAAAGAGAAUAAGUUGCUUUGGAUCUUAGGGGACUGCUUCAAAGACCAAUUUUCAAUACUUUACUGGUUUGAAAGAUGUUAAAUAAUAUUGCAAUGAGAGGAACAUAUCGAUAUGUGGUAUAGAAAUUAUGCCAGAGGCUUAGCCUAUUCAUUCACAUCCUUUUAAGGGAAAUACUUUGUUUAUGCUGGGAAAUGAGGGAAGUGGCUUAAAUAAAAAUCAGAUUGCAAUAUGUGACCACUUCGUUUACAUCCCCUAGUACACAGAUAAAACAGCAAGUUUAAAUGUAGCUAUUUCAGGAUCUAUUAUAUUUUAACAUUUUGCUCAGUGGGCUGGCUAUUAAGAGUAAAAAAUAGUUGGCUAUAAAUUUGAGGAGGGAGAUAAGGAAAGUAUAAAGAAAGGAAUGCUCAUUGCAACUGUAGGAAAUGCAGCAACAAAUGAUCCAGUAAAGAAAAGGGAACAAAGGCAAUAAAAGAAGAACGAAGAAUUAGAUGAGCACUUGGAAGAGGGGCUUAUUUUGGAAUGA